CAUGCAUCGCGCCCUUGACUUACCGGAAAUACUUCGCAUGAUAUGCGACGAGCUCAACUCAAUUGACUCAACAGACAACCCCAAACAACAGCUGGAAAGCAAGGCGAGGAACCAACGUGCGAUAGCAAAUGUCGCAAGAGUUUGCCGCACCUUCAAGGACCCUGCGCUGGAUAUACUCUGGUCGGAUGUGGAGGUCCAGCACUUCCUGAAAUUGCUCCCAUCUAAGCGACUGGUCAGAGAUGACUCCGGUGCCAUCAUUGACGUACACACACCCUCGCCGAACGAGCUACGCAAGGUUCACGAGUUCACUCGACGUACUCGGACGCUCACAGUUGGAUCCGGUGAAGGUUCUGGAAGACACGUGGCCGGUACAUUGCUGCACCCGCCGGUCGACGCCGGAAGCGUGUUUCCAAAGUUGCGACAUCUGGUGGUCCAAGAUACAUUCUUGCGUACAUCAUCGGGUGAACAGCUAUACCACCCCCAUUCCACUCGCCGCGAUUUCCUGCUUCCAUGGCUCACCACUGCCAAGAUCCUUGCCCAAGCUGACCAACACGAUUGCGAUACGCUUCUGCUAGCGCUUCCGGAGGCGUGUCCUAGCCUACAAAAUCUUGUCGUUGAUUAUCCGGAUUUCAUGAUCGGGCUUUUUUCCCAGUUACAAAGUAGAGGGCCAGCUACGAAAGCCUUAACCAGUUGUAUCCGCGGACUACCUAAUAUUUUGUCUCUCUGCUGCCCCGACCUAGAGGAUGAAGCACUUGAAUACGUGUUUCAGCGCUCCAAGCUUCAAGAACUCACGCUGACCAACUGGAAAGGUAUUAACAGGAGGACGGAAGAUGAUGCUCCGGUACAAGGUCCAGGUAAUCAAACACGUCAUCCGCCAACGCUUUCUAAGCUCUUGCUGUGCCUUCCCCGACCCUACUGUGCCAUAGAGUUGAUACCCAUACUCGACACCCUCCCCAUCUCACUUGAACUUGAUUCUUCGUGCGAGCCCAUGGUUGAAGAAGUUCGAGGCCUUUUUGAUGCACUGGGAAAACACCCCGGCAGCUCGCGAUUACAGAAACUCGUGCUGAACUAUGAGCAGCAUCCCUUUCACCAAGUCUGGCCUGUCGCCGAUUCAAGCCCUCUGCAGCUACGUCACCUCCGACCAGCUUUUCUUCUCCAAUCCAUGCGCUCCUUCCGCUUUUGCACCGCCGAACCUAUAUUAUCUCUCACAUCCGACGAUCUACUCGAGAUAGCUCAGGCGUGGCCAAAUCUCGAGGAGUUCUGUGCGCCUUAUAUGGAUACGGAACCGGGACUCUGCCUCCAUGACGUGCUCGCAUUUGCUGAAGCCUGUCCCAAGCUCACCGAGCUCGAGAUUUCGAUCACGAACGAGCCCAUCGACUUCGGAGACACCGCCGCAGAGCUGUCCGUGCGCAAUCGGAACGUUAAGACUCUGCGCAUCUACGAUUUACAUCAUGGCGAUCUUCCGCGCGUCAGUGUUGUGCUGGCGCGCGCGUUCCCCAACCUUGCCAUGGUACAGCCCGAUGACCAGGAUAACUUUGCGAUGUUUGACUCGGAUAGGCUUGGGGAUGCAAUCAUGGUGGCCGUCAGGAAGCUUCGUGCGGAAGAGGCGCGAGGAAAGAUUAAGAAGUGGACUCAAAGCCAGUCACUCGAUCCUGUUACAUCCAUUGCUCCGUUCGAGCGUUUCGCCAUGCAUCACGCCCUUGCUUUACCAGAGAUACUUCGCAUGAUAUGCGGCGAGCUUAACACCAUCGACUCAACAGAUGAACACCGACAGCAGCUGGAAAACAAGGCAAGAAACCGAGAUGCGCUGGCAAGCGUCGCAAAAGUUUGCCGCGCGUUCAAGGGACCGGCAUUGGACGCCCUCUGGUCAGAUAUAGAUCAGGCUCGAUGCUUAUUAGAGCUGCUACCACCUGAGCAACUCUUCACAGAUGGACUCGGCGCCAUCAUUGACGUGGGCUCGCCCUCGCCGGACGAGCUGGGCUACGUUUAUGAGUACUCCCGACGUGUUCGCAAGCUCACUGUGGGUACUUCCAUAGACACAGCAAGACACGCGGCCGGAAUACUGGUGUGCCCACCGGUAGAUGCUGCAAGCGUAUUCCCAAGGUUGCGUCAUCUAGUGGUCUUUGAUACAUACUCGAUGGUUAUGGAUGGACUGCCGCAGACUCCGUAUUCUGUUCAUCGUGAUCUCUUACUUCCCUGGCUCACUACUGUCGAGCUGCGCAUGGAAGCUUACCGUAGAGAUUGCGAUGCGCUUCUGCUAGCGCUUCCAGCUGCAUGCCCUGGCCUACGAAACCUUGUCGUCGGUUUUCUUGAUUUUCCGGACAGAAACGCGUCGGUCACAAAGGCCAUGACCGCUUGUAUCUUUGGGCUACCCAGUCUCAUGUCACUUCGUUGCCCGGACCUCGAGGACGUAGCAUUUGCACACGCUUUGAAGCAUCCGAAGCUUCAAGAGCUCAAUUUGACUGAUUGGAUGGGCAUUAGAAGUAGGAUGGAAGGAAAAGUUAUUGCGGAGCAAGGUCCUGGAACUCGCGAGCCCCAUGCCCUUUCCAACCUCUCGCUGCGCCUUCUGCGACUCUCUGAUGCCACUGAUUUGAUACCAGCACUUACCACCAUGCCUUCCUCCCUUGAGCUUGAUGCAUCACUGGGACCGAAGCGUGAGGAGGUUGCGCAAUUUUUUGAUGUGCUGGUGGAGCACCCUGGUGGCUCGCAACUACAAAAACUCGUACUUGGCCACAAGUUUGACCCAUUCUGGUUCAGCACUGUAUCUGCUCAUUUACAUCUGUGCCACAUCCGACCUGCUCUUCAUCUCCACUCCAUGCGCUCCUUCCGCUUUGGCACCGCCGAACCUACGCUAUCUCUCACUUCCGACGACUUGUUCGAGAUAGCUCAGGCAUGGCCAAACCUCGAGGAGUUCUGUGCGCCUUACAUGGAUACAGAACCGGGACUCUGCCUUCAUGACGUGCUCGCAUUUACUGAAGCCUGUCCCCAGCUCACCGAGCUCGCGAUUCGGGUCACGAACGAGCCGUUCGACUUCGGGGACACUGCCGCAGAGCUGUCCGUGCGGAACCGAAACCUCAAGACUCUGCGCAUCUACUAUCUGCACUACGGGGAUCUUCCGCGCGUCAGCGUUGUUUUGGCGCGCGCGUUUCCCAGCCUUGCUGUGGUACAGCCCGAUGGUCGGGAUAUGUUUUCGGCACACUCGGACGGGCUUGGGAAUGCGAUAAUGGUGGCAGUCAGGAAGCUUCGUGCGGAGGAGGCGCGAGGAAAGAUCAAGAAGUGGACUGUGCGCUUCCUUGCGAGAAGAGUGGAGGAGAUAUUUCUCCGGUGGAGAGAGUAG